AUGAAGUUCAUCGCCGCCGUCGCCGCCAUCCUUGUUGCCGCUGUUGCCAACGCCCAGGUCCCCUUCACCAACUGUGCCUCGGGCCCCACCCAGAUCGCCAUCAACAAAUUCUCGAUCUCUCCCUACCCCCUCUGCAUCAACCAGAACGUCUGCGCCGAGGGUACCGGUACCCUCAGCACCCCCGUCAUUGAUGGCGCGACCUUGUCCAUCACUGGGCGCUACCUCGGCCGUCUCGUCUACACCGACAACCACGACCUCUGCGCCUUGAUGGCGACCCAGGGACAGCCUUGCCCCAUCCCCACCAGUGUGAACUCCAUCAAGUCUUGCGUUAACGUCAAGCCCAGCGCUCCCCCAAACAUUGCUGUUGCUCUCCAGGUCUCUGCCAUCAACGGCGAUGGUGGCACCCUCUUCUGCCAGGCCGCUACCGUCACCGCCAAGGCCUGUCCAGCAGUCUAA